AUGAUGUCAGCUCCCAAGCUCCUGACGACUGUGCGCCCGCCCUUCAAGCUCAUCGGCUACCAUCAUCUCGGGGUGGCCGUGUCGCAGAUGCCGGCGGCUCUUGACUUCUACGGGAAGCUUGGCUUCAAGGAGGUGGAGGACGGGCGGUCGACGGAGGAGAGGAGGAUGAUGAAGAACGCGGGAGGGCUGCAGCUGCAUCUGUUCAAGGCGGACGCGGGGCACGAGAACAAUCAGAACAUCCUGAUGGACUUCAAGGACGUCAAGUACCCCGGGCACACGCACGCGAGCUUCCUCGUCCCCUCG